ACAUAGUUCAAGUUAGCUCGAUACGGUAAACCGUUUAAUCGUGAUCAUGAAACUGUUGGUGGUUUGUGCGUUAUUUGCGGUGGUGGCGGCUGCGCCCCAGGACGCCCAGGAUGUCCAGAUCCUGCGAUACGAUGCGGACAACGAUGGACUUGGAAACUACAAUUUCGUGUACGAACAGAGCGAUGGAUCAAAACGCAACGAAAAUGGUGAGCUGAGGAAUGCUGGAGCUGAGGACGAGUUCCUCGUCAUGAGGGGAUCUUACUCGUGGGUCGGUCCCGAUGGAGUCACCUACACCGUCAACUACGUGGCUGACGACCAAGGUUUCCAGCCGACCAUCGAACAGGGACCCGGUGGCGCUGUACCCGCAGCUGUCGUCGCUUCUCUCCUCGGUUAAACAACUCUAGAAUAAUAGCCAAAUUUGUAAAAUAAAUUAACGUAAGGACAAACUUA